AUGUUGCGUACAGCCCUGACCCAAGCGGUCCUUCUGGGCCUCGCAUCCGCUCAACUGCAGAGCGGCAUUUACACUCACUACCCAGACUGUGUCAACGGCCCAGCACUGCUCACCAGCAACCUUGUGUGUGACACCAAUGCCACCCCCUACCAGAGGGCAUCCGCCAUCAUCAAUGCGAUGAACAUCACGGAAAAGCUUGCUAACCUACUGGAUGUCUCGUAUGGCUCCGCUCGUCUGGGUCUCCCGCCCUACGAGUGGUGGUCUGAAGCGCUCCACGGCGUAGCCGGCAGUCCCGGAGUCAAUUUCACGAGUUCGGGCAACUAUAGCUAUGCGACAAGCUUUCCAAUGCCUAUUACGUUCUCUUCUGCUUUUGACGACCCAUCGGUGCAGAACAUCGCCAGUGUCAUAUCGACUGAGGCUAGGGCGUACUCGAACGCCGCUCGUGGCGGCUUGGACUACUUCACGCCUAACAUCAACCCGUUCAAGGAUCCGAGAUGGGGGCGUGGCUCCGAGACGCCCGGCGAGGAUCCUUUGCGGAUUCAAGGCUACGUCAAGAACUUACUUAUUGGCCUCGAGGGAACCGAUGACGGCUACUUCAACACGAGCCAUAGCGGCUACAAGAAGAUGAUUGCUACCUGCAAACAUUUCGCCGGCUACGACCUUGAAGACUGGGAUGGCUAUAUCCGCUACGGUUACGACGCAGAGAUCACGACUCAGGAUUUGGCCGAGUACUAUCUCCCGCCUUUCCAGACUUGUGCCAGAGAUCAGAACGUCGCCAGUAUCAUGUGUAGCUACAACUCCGUGAACAGUGUACCAGCAUGCGCCAACAGCUACCUGCAAGAGACCAUCCUCCGCGAACAUUGGGGUUGGACGAUUGACAACAACUACAUCACUAGCGACUGCAAUGCUAUUAGUGACAUCUACUACAAUCACAAUUAUUCGGUCAACAACGCAGCUGCCGCAGGCCUCUCCCUCUCCAACGGUAUGGACACUGCUUGCAUUGUCGCCAAUACUGGAGUCAUGACCGACGUCAACGGCUCCUACUACGGUGGGUAUGUCACCGAAGCGACCAUCACCACGGCCUUGAUCAGACAAUACGAGGCACUGGUCAUUGCUGGCUACUUCGACCCGGCUUCUUCGAACCCCUAUCGUUCCAUAGGUUGGAGCAGUGUCAACACCCCUGCCGCGCAAACUUUGGCCCGGCAAGCAGCGACCGAAGGUACGACGCUACUCAAGAACACGGGCCUCUUACCUUACAAGUUCACCAGUCAGACCAAGGUUGCCAUGAUCGGCAUGUGGGCCAACGGAACCUCUCAAAUGCAGGGUGGCUACUCUGGCCCAGCUCCCUACCUUCACAGCCCGCUGUAUGCUGCGAGUCAGCUUGGGCUCUCCUACAAUUACGCCAAUGGGCCGAUCAACCAAACGACGUUGACCAGCAACUACUCCCAGAAUGCAACCGCUGCUGCGCAGAACGCAGAUGUCAUCCUUUUCUUUGGCGGUAUUGACUGGUCGGUAGAAGCCGAGGCUAUGGAUCGCUACCAGAUCGCAUGGCCCGGAGCACAGCAGGCCUUGAUCGCUCAGCUAGCCGCUCUUGGCAAGCCAAUGAUCGUCUUGCAAAUGGGCUCUAUGCUCGACGCCACACCAAUACUGAGCAACAACAACAUUUCCGCGUUGGUGUGGGUCGGUUAUCCAGGCCAAGAUGGUGGCGUCGCGGCGUUCGAUAUCUUGACCGGUGCGGUUGCACCUGCCGGCAGAUUGCCAGUAACAAUGUACCCAGCCGACUACGUCAACCAGGUUCCAAUGACCAACAUGAGCCUUCGACCAGGACCAGGCAAUCCAGGAAGGACAUACAAGUGGUACAACAAUGCCGUCCUGCCGUUCGCAUACGGACUCCACUACACCACAUUCAAGGCAACCUUCAAUGGAGGCCCGCCUGGUCCCGGUUCGCCAUGGAGUCCACCAUGGAAUGCACCAUGGAGCGCAAAGGUCAGGCGAGGAUGGGGAUGGGGCAACUGGGGCCCACCGAACUGGGGCUGGACGCAGCCCAGCCAGGUCGCUCCCGGCAACGGCGGCUUGUCCUCCAGUUACAACAUCCAAAGCCUGCUCUCAUCUUGCACAGCCGCCCAUCCAGACCUUUGUGCCUUCCCCUCGGUUGCCAUCUCCGUCCAGAACGCUGGCCAGACGACUUCGGACUUCGUCGCACUGGUCUUCUCAAACACUACCGCUGGUCCGGCACCGUACCCCUACAAGAGUCUCGCUAGCUACACGCGACUGCACUCCGUCGCCGCCGGUCAGACGGUGACUGCCAGCUUGAACAUGACACUUGGUGUGCUCGCGCGCCGCGAUGAUCAAGGCAACCAAAUCUUGUACCCAGGCACGUACAACCUGCUACUCGAUGUGCCGACACAGGCUACGAUGAGCUUCCAAUUGACCGGUCAGGCCGCGGUACUGGAUCAGUGGCCGCAGCCUCCAGCCAACCAGACGUACGAUGCUACGAUAAAUUGUCCGUUGUACGGACAGUGCAAGAGUGCCGGACAGCCGGUCGCUUAG